AGGGACACCGGGAGCCCAGCACCACGAGCCUCGACUUCUCCUCCGUGGGCAUCAACAUGGAGGCCUGGCCUACAGCCGCAUGGCCCAACCCAGCACCUGAGCUGCUGAGAGCAGGGGCAAGGCCCCACAUAGUUCAACCUGGAGAGUCUGCCUGGCCCAGGAACAGGGGCAGCCUGGCCCAGGGCUCUUCCCUUUUGGGGAGUCAGCGUCCUAGUGGCUGAAGGGACCGCUGAGGCUUGUGGAGGGCAGCUGCGCUGCAUGGGGCCCUGAGGUGGGUACUCAGAUGGAGGCAGAGAGGCCAGGGGGCUCCCCGGAGGAACCAGGAUCAGGGUGAGUUGGAGGCGCAGGGAGCCAGCUGGCUUGGGAUCCACUCCCCCAAGGAGCAGAAGCCUGCAGCCAUGCCGUCUCUGCUGCUGGGUCCUGAGCAGCUCCCCCAGGACUGUGAGGAGGCCGGGAAGAGGUGCCCACAGGCUGCCUGUCCUGGCCAGGGGCUACCUGGAAGGAUCCCAGGCCCCCACAGCACACGCUGUGCCAGGCUGUGGCUGGGCCCCCACCCAUGCCCCGGAGGACCCUGCUCCUUACCCCUCGCUCAGUCAGAAUCUCAGGGCCGAACUUGGCAUCUCAUGUCACCUGUAGACAGCUGAGGGGAGUCCUCCAGUCCUGUUCAGUGGGGACACGGCAGCCCAGAGGCCCGCAGAAUUCGCUCUGCACCCAUCUGACUCAGGCCAUGCCCUGGCACUCCCCCUGGGCCGGGCGAGAUGUGGCUCCUCUAGGGGGCCCAUCUGAGUGAGGGGACAGCCCAGCAGAUCAUCUUGGGGCAGCACAGGGCCCAGGCUGAGGGAGACUGCAGUCCGGGUUCUGCAGGAUAAGAAGCUGAUGCCCAGGCGGAGGCUGGGCCCAGGGCUCGUGGAGGGGCUGAGGCGGGGCCCCCUGAGCGUGCAGGGCUGCACUACCCCCAGGCCUGUCCACCAGCCAUGGGCAGCCUGGCCCAGAAAACUAGGCAUGGGUCGCCACCUCCACAGGCCUGGAAGCCUCCUGGGCACUGGAGCCACAGCCCAGUGCCCUGAAACCCCCAGGGUUUUGCCUCAAAGGAGGGAGUGGGGGCUGCACCCACAGCUUCCACCCUCCCAUGCUGUGCCAGAAAUAGCAGGUGGGGAAGACAGAUGAGCUUGGCCCUAGGAGCAGCAGGUGUGGCUGCUUCCCCCCAGGCGGAGAUUGUGACAGGCACGGUGGGGCCUGCGAAGGCUGGCAGGUAACCGGAGCUAGAUGAGAGGUCGUCUUCAUCCCCUCUUCAUGCUGGUGACCCCAGUGUAGAGAGAACGGGGCCAGGCCUCGGCAAUGGGCGGCUCCUGUGCCAACUUCCAAGCAGUCGGUGAAGGCAGGGGCUGCCUCUGGGAGUUUCCAGCUCCCUCUGCUCUCUGGGAAUCUCCGGGGCCACAGACUCCUGAGCCAGGGACACCUUGGUGUUUCUGGAACUUGCCCAGGGCCGUCCCACCAGUUAGGGGCCAAGCCAGGACUUGGAGCCGCAGCCUCCUGGUGCCCAGACGAAGUCCGCAGUGGCCAGACCGAGGUCCCCAGGGCCCAGCUAGGCACACGUGGUCACCUCGGCAGCCUCUGGCUGCACUGCUGGGCACCAGGCUGUGAGGUGUCGGGGAGCAGAGGAGGUCCCAAGGAGGAGCCAUUUGUCAGCGGGGAGGGUGGCGAAGGGCAUGGGGAGUGGCAGGGUGAGCCCUGCACUGCUCCCUGCAGACAUGAAGCUGGGCUCCCACGGCUUAAGGCCAUGGCCUAGCCCAAGCCUCACAGCAGGGAGACCAGGCAGCUGGGAAUGGGCCACAGUGCCUCAUCUCCCAGGACCUCUGUGGUCUCCGUGGAGACACAGAUCAGGAGCUGGCCUUGGGGACGGAGGGUCCUGGCACAGCUCCCAGGGACGGUGUUGUGCCCAAGGCCACGCCUACCAGAGCCAGCGCUGCCUGAGCGAGUUCUGGAAGGUUUGCCUAGGAGUCCCGCAGGUGGAAGGACAGUCUGUGGAGGACGUGAUGGAGGGGAGCUUGUAGCCCUGUGGGGGUUACUGAGUGUACAGCCUGGCAAGGAGGAGCCCAUGGGCAGGGCAGGGCCACCCCGAGACAGACACAGCAUCUUUCCACAUGGAGUGCCUAGUCCUGGCACCAGAGAACUGGACUCUAGGUACCCACUGACCACCCCCAGUGCCUAGCUUGCUCCUCUAACUCACCCUGGCCCAGGCCCAGGCACACAGCACUCACUGUGCCAUUUUAUAUACAAAGAAAAGCCUUUGCAGCCAGGAAAGCACCCACCUCCUACCUGUCCCUGGACAUGCACAGCCACCUCGCUUCCACCUGGAAGAGCAGCCCUAGCAGGUGGGCGGGCCCGGUGCUGCUUCAGUUCAGGCCACUGUCCCUGUGUCCCAGCACAGCAGUGGGAGGGUACUUGACAGAGAGCCAUCAGGAUGGGGAGCAGGGUCUGGCUGUGCACCUUGUGGAGACCUGGCACGGCCCCAGCACAGCUAGCAGGUGGCAGGUGACAGCUCUGCAGAAACGGCCCAAAUGUGGGCAGGUGUCAGGAGCCAGGGUUGGGCAGUGGAGUGACGGUGACCCAUACUGUGUGCAGCCUGCCCCUGACCCUAGGCCAGCCCCCAUCCUCUAGAGAAGGGUCUAGCAAGUGCUUUGACCUGCCGGGACACGGCAGGUUCCCAGGGAGCUGGGUGUCAUCCUUAGCUCAUUCUGAAGCAGGUGGAGACUGCACACUGCCUGGCAUCAUUUGAUUCUGAGGGUGUCUCCGGGCAUCCCACAGGUGGCAGCAGCUUUGACGUGCUUCCUAUCUUGGUGAUGUCACUGGCCCUCUUAAAGUGAUGGCCCGGGGAACAUUCUACCUGUCAGUGCCGGGGCGUGGCCCCAGGAACAAAGCUGGAAUCGCAGGUCGCUUUCUCAGAGUCCUGCCGGGUACCCUCCAGUGGCAUCCCAGCCCAGGCUCCAGCCCUGAGGUGCUCUCCCAGCCGUCUGACCUGGAUCUCCAAGACAUAGAGGAAGUGGAGAUGGGCAGAGACACCUUCUGGCCCGACUCCGAGCCAGAGCCGGCCCCACGCUCUCCCGGCCCGCGGGCCCCUGACGCGGGGACGGGCGGGGCGCUGCGCAGCCUCCUGAGGAGCCUUCCCCGCAGGGCCCGGUGCGGCACAGGCCUGGAGCCCGAGUCCAGCGCGGAGCGGCCGGCGGGCCAGCCCCCCGGGGCCGUCCCCUGCCCCCAGCCGCGGGGCGCCUGGCGCGUGACGCUCGUGCCCCAGGCAGCAGCCGGGCCCGGGGACACACCGGAGCGGGCCGCCGAGCUGGGAGUCACCUUCGGCCGCAGCCGGCAGGGCGGCGCGCGGGGGGCCAAGCCGCACCGGUGCGAGGCCUGCGGCAAGAGCUUCAAGUACAACUCGCUGCUGCUGAAGCACCAGCGCAUCCACACGGGCGAGAAGCCCUACGCCUGCCACGAGUGCGGCAAGCGCUUCCGCGGCUGGUCCGGCUUCAUCCAGCACCACCGCAUCCACACGGGCGAGAAGCCCUACGAGUGCGGCCAGUGCGGCCGCGCCUUCAGCCACAGCUCGCACUUCACGCAGCACCUGCGCAUCCACAACGGCGAGAAGCCCUACAAGUGCGGCGAGUGCGGCCAGGCCUUCAGCCAGAGCUCCAACCUGGUGCGCCACCAGCGGCUGCACACGGGCGAGAAGCCCUACGCCUGCAGCCAGUGCGGCAAGGCCUUCAUCUGGAGUUCCGUGCUCAUCGAGCACCAGCGCAUCCACACGGGCGAGAAGCCCUACGAGUGCGCCGACUGCGGCAAGGCCUUCCGCGGCCGCUCGCACUUCUUCCGGCACCUGCGGACCCACACCGGCGAGAAGCCCUUCGCGUGCGGCGCCUGCGGCAAGGCCUUCGGCCAGAGCUCGCAGCUCAUCCAGCACCAGCGGGUGCACUACCGCGAGUAGCCGGCCGGGGGCUCGGGCGAGACCUCCUGCCUCCCCGCCUCCUCCGUGGGCACCGCCCAGCGCCGCAUGCCACGUGUCCAGAAUAAAUUCUUUUUGAGUGUUGGAA